CGCGGCCGCAGGCGGAGCGGCCCGCGCCCGUGCUGUCCCUCGCUUCUGCGCCGCUCGGCUCGGAGCCGGUCGAUGGGACGGAGCGCCGCGGAGCCGGAGGCGGCGCCCGUCGGGGGGCUCGGGCAGCGCGGCGGCCGCCGGGAGGCUCGGGGAUGGCGGGCCGCAGCACCUGAGCCCAGCCUGCAGGGAGGCAGCCUGGUGGCCGCGAUGGGGGCCGAGCGGGACUGCCGCCGCGCCGGGCCGUGAGCUCCGCGCCUCCGCCGCCGCCUGGCCGCCGCCCGGGCCCCUCGCGAAGCGCCGGGCCGCCGGGAACAUGGCCCUGGAGCAGCUCUGCUCGGUCCUCAAAGUGUUGUUAAUAACCGUCCUGGUGGUGGAGGGGAUCGCCGUGGCCCAGAAGACCCAAGAUGGACAAAAUAUUGGAAUCAAGCACAUUCCUGCAACCCACUGUGGCAUUUGGGUUCGAACCAGCAAUGGGGGACAUUUCGCUUCACCUAAUUAUCCUGACUCGUACCCACCGAACAAGGAGUGUAUCUACGUUUUGGAAGCUGCUCCACGGCAAAGAAUAGAGUUGUCCUUUGAUGAGCAUUUUUAUAUAGAGCCAUCAUUCGAAUGUCGGUUUGAUCACUUGGAAGUUCGAGAUGGGCCCUUUGGCUUCUCUCCGCUCAUAGAUCGAUUCUGUGGUGUGAAAAGCCCUCCGUUAAUUAGAUCAACAGGGAGGUUCAUGUGGAUCAAGUUCAGCUCUGAUGAAGAACUGGAAGGGCUGGGAUUUCGAGCAAAAUACUCAUUUAUUCCAGAUCCAGACUUUACUUACCUAGGAGAUUGCCAGUUUGAGCUCUCGGGAGCUGAUGGAAUAGUGCGUUCCAGUCAGGUGGAACAAGAAGAAAAAACCAAGCCUGGCCAAGCAGUUGAUUGCAUAUGGACAAUCAAAGCUACUCCAAAAGCUAAGAUUUAUCUGAGGUUCCUGGAUUAUCAGAUGGAGCACUCCAAUGAAUGCAAGAGAAACUUCGUCGCGGUCUAUGAUGGAAGCAGUUCUAUUGAAAAUCUCAAGGCCAAGUUUUGCAGCACGGUGGCCAAUGACGUAAUGCUUCAAACAGGAGUGGGAGUGAUCCGAAUGUGGGCCGACGAAGGGAGCCGGCUGAGCCGGUUCAGAAUGCUCUUUACUUCCUUUGUGGAGCCUCCCUGCACAGACAGCACUUUCUUCUGCCACAGCAACAUGUGCAUCAAUAAUUCGUUAGUCUGCAAUGGUGUUCAGAACUGCGCGUACCCGUGGGAUGAAAACCACUGUAAAGAAAAGAAACAAGCAGGACUGUUCGAACAAAUCACUAAAAGUCACGGAACGAUCAUCGGCAUCACAUCGGGGGUCGUCUUGGUCCUCCUCGUUAUUUCUGUUUUAGUACAAGUGAAGCAGCCUCGGAAAAAAGUCCUGGCUUGCAAAACCGCUUUUAACAAAACGGGCUUUCAGGAAGUCUUCGACCCUCCUCAUUACGAACUGUUCUCCCUGCGGGACAAGGAGGUGUCCGCGGACCUGGCCGACCUGUCGGAGGAGCUGGACAACUACCAGAAGAUGCGCCGCGCCUCGGCCGCGUCGCGCUGCAUCCACGACCACCACUGCGGGGCACAGGCCGCCAGCGUCAAGCCCAGCAGGACCAAUCUCAGCUCCGUGGAGCUCCCUUUCCGAAACGACUUUGCACAGCCACAGCCGAUGAAAACAUUCAAUAGCACCUUCAAAAAGAGUAGCUACACGUUCAAACAGGCCCACGAGUGCCCUGAUCAGGCCCUGGAAGACAGAGUCAUGGAGGAGAUGCCCUGCGAGAUCUACGCCCGCGGCCGGGAAGACUGUGCACAAGCGUCCAUAUCCAUCGACUUUUAAUCCUUCUCCGCGGCAGGUGACGCUGGCGAAGUGUGCACAUCCCGGCCUGCGCAGCACCCCGUGUUCUCGGCAGCCAGCCCUUCGCUCCCAUCAAAACGAGGGAGACCUUCCUGUCCCGAUAACCUAUUCUAAUGAAGUUUUUAUGAUCUCAGGCAGUCAGUUUAUGUUGAAGCAACCGAGGAACUCACUCCAUUCAGUGAAAAAAUUAAUAAUCAUCCCUCGGCUUGGCGUCGUAAACAAAGCACCGGUUAGAUGGCGUUGGAGGAGGGGAGCGGGCUCUGGGGGCUCG